CGAGCGCGCGCGGUAGUGUCGUCAAGGAGGCGCGUGUGUUCCUGUUGGCUGUAAGUACACGUCAGCAGUAGACACCUCCUCGCGAUCUCAUUUGUUUCUCUUCCUGGUUUCAACUUCACCGCACAUGACACUUUAUCCGAUGCCCGCGCGUAACGGGAACGAUCCGGAGCACAACGCGCACACCACGGCACAUGAAACACUAAAACAUGAGAUUCCGACUGUUGAAAAAGAACUUUAUUGCGGUCGUCGCCCUCCUCGCCGUCUUGUUGACGUUGUUAUACGUCAUGUUCGGGGCUAAAGUGGUCGGGAGUGUGGAGGGGGUCACGGAGACGGCUAAGUUCGACUACGGCACCAUCAUUAGUAUGCGCACUUCAGUGUAUGACAGCAACUUCAAACAGUUGAUUCAGAACGCGGAGCGCUUCCCGUUGGAACCGGAGAUGGUCCUCGCCGUGCAGGUGCACAACAGACCGGCUUACCUCCAAAUGCUCAUCCGCUCUCUGGAAAAUGUGAAAGGCAUCGAUAAAGCGCUCGUGAUAUUCAGUCACGAUUACUUUUCCGAGCAGAUUACGCAGAUGGUGAAGGAAAUCGCCUUCUGCAAAGUUCUGCAGAUAUUUUUCCCCUACAGCACUCAACUGUAUCCCUCCGAGUUCCCGGGACAGGACCAUCGAGAUUGUGCGAGGGACAUCUCUAAAGCGGACGCUCUCCGGGCGGGCUGCUUAAACGCGGAGCACCCGGACUCGUAUGGACACUACAGGGAAGCGUCCAUCACGCAGACUAAACAUCACUGGUGGUGGAAGCUGCAUUUCGUGUUCGAGCGGGUGAAGGUCCUUCAGGGGUACAAAAGAUUUGUGGUGUUCCUCGAGGAGGACAACUACCUUCUCCCAGACUUUCAUCACUUCUUCCACGCCAUGGUGGAACUCAGGAAAAUCGACUGCGCGGACUGCGACGUCCUCGCGCUGGGCAACCACAAAGGCACGGCUGACUUCCGCGAGCUUUCCUCCAAAACGGAGACGGCGGGCUGGAUGUCGACCAAGCACAACAUGGGAACGGGCAUCUCCAGAGAGCUCUACUACAAACUGAUGGGAUGCAACAAGGAGUUCUGCACCUACGAUGAUUACAACUGGGACUGGACGCUGCAGAAUCUGUCUGGCACGUGCAUCUCCAAGCCUCUCAAGGUUCUGGUGGCUCUUGGGAGUCGGGUCCUUCACACGGGAGAUUGCGGCCUGCAUCAGAAAGACGAGUGCCGGCCCGAGGUGGCUCAGCAGAGGGUGGCCGAAGCCCUCAAAGAAACCGAAUCCGCGCUUUUUGUUCCACAGCUCGCCAUCAAGGCUCAAUCUCCGGCUGACCAUCAACCUCAUGUGAAGAAUGGAGGCUGGGGGGACGUGCGUGACCACGCGCUCUGCAUCAAUUACGCUGCUCGACUGUGAGCUGGGGUUAAUGUUUAAAUCACAAGUGCCAUUCAGAACAUCAGGGCAACUGUAAACUUUGCUUCCACCAAAAAGAGGAAAAUUACGGAGCUGUAACGUUUGACUUUGUGUUUGUCAUGAAAACACGGUCAGGUCAGAUUUGAUCCCCUGAAACCAGAUGAAGCCUGACUUUCCAUGCCAUCGGGUCAUUUUAUGCUUGUGUUUGUGCGUGUUUUUAAGAAGAGAUGGAUAGAUGCUAUGGAAAUAAUAUCACAACAUUGGUCCUGAAAAAUAACUUUUCUUUUUUAGUUGGUGUUGGGAUGGAAAUGACUUGGAACACGUGAGAUUCAUGCAAACGCAAGCAAAUCACAACUUCACCACUCGCUUGAGACUGUUGUAAUCUGUGAUGUGUUCAGAGUUCAUUUUGUGCAUUGAUUUCUCUUCAGCAGACUUGUGAGUUUGUUCAAUCGCACUAUUUAGACUGAACGCAUUGCAGUGCAUUUUCUCAUAAUACAAUAAACAAGAUCUGGAUAUUAUUCCGUGAAAAUAAUAAAGUGGGUUCUCAACGAUGAGCAUUUUUGGCAGAACCUUCACAAAAGGAUUUUUAGACUAUAGAAAGAAAAGAAAAUGAAUGAAAAAGAAAAGAAACGAAAGAAUAAUGUAUCCAGACCUGGCUUAUUGUUUAUGCCUUUUUUUAGCAAAACUUGAGCUAUAAACACAUUUAACAACCACAGUGUAAAUGUAACAGUGUCUUCCGCUCCUAUAGCAGUUUCUAAUGGGAAACAUCAAAAUUGUUGUUUACUUGUUUUUAUUUUGUCCGGAUGGUUUUGGUGGUUUGUAGAUUUGAGACUCCCCUAGGUCAUUGCUUAAUUUAAUUGUGCCUUAGAAAUAACAUUCAAUCAUUUCCAUAUAGAUAUUUGCAUUAUGUUCCUGCUUCGCUGUCCCACUUUUUCUUAUUUGUAUUUUAUUUCUUUCACAAACAAGCAGGUGAUGAUUCAUUGUUUAGACCUUUUAGUUUCUCUGUUGUCUAAUAACUUAUAAAACACGAAUGGUCACACAGAAAUGCAGUUUACCACUCAGUUUUAUGUAUGUUUAAAGCUUAUAUGUGCUUUUGAAUAAUGCAGAUGGAUUCCAGAAAUGCACCCAUCAUUACUGAGAAUUGUUUGCAUUUGUUUUUGUUUUCCUGCAUUUUGCGGGACAUUCGGGUCAAGCAAAACAAUCAGCGCUUCAUUCCUAAGAGUCAAAUGUUAUAUUUACAGUCUUGAUGUUGAGCUAGAAAAUAAUAUUCACCUGUGUGCCUUGUUUGAAAGCAUACAAUGUUGCCUUUAUUUUUUUGUGACAUAUGUUUUUUUUAUGAUCGGAAGGGAAGUCUGUUUCCCUUCUGUGUCCUCUCUGUGGUUUCCGUCAUAUUUUAAGGAGGAAAAACUGACAUCCUCAAAUGAGUUACCAAACUUGAUUCAUUUGUGGAAAAUGAUCUAAAAUACUUGCUUUUAUCGAGCGAUAUCUGCACAUGUGAAUGUUUCUGUGUGAGAGAAAGAGAGAUUGUUUGCUAUUUUAAUGUUACGUACGGGUAUGAUAUAAUAGCUUUAGUUUUUUCCUAAAACAGAUGAUGAUAGCAUCACCAUACAAGCCAUAUUCAAAUGUCUUCUUGAAGCUUUGAGCCGAAGAAUCAUUUGUCAUUGAGGCAAAUGAAGUUUAAACUGUGUCACAUCUGUGUACUGAUGGACCAACACUGUUGUUCAUUCAAAAAUGAUAAAAAUAUUGUUAUUUCUUGUUCGCUGUCUGAUUUGGGGAAUCUUAAAGGGAUAAUCCUUUUAAUCCUUAGGGAUUUUAAAUUCAUUUCUUAUCUGAUUCUCUACUUGUGGGUGUUUCACAAGCAUAAUUCUGUCACUUUAAAUGGCAUUUUAAGACUGUAGUUUGUAAAUAAUAUAACAUGAAGUGUAUAA